AUGGACCCAGUCCCAGAUAAAAUCUUCAAAGAAAGAUUUGAUCAAACCCCACAACAACCGCCGCCGCCGCCGCCGCCUCCUCCUCCUUCCUCCACAGACAAGCAUCAACUAUUCGUUCCAGUUCAACUGGAUCCUUCCAAUAAUCUGGUUUCAAUCCAACCCCACCAAAACGUUCCGCCAAAAAAGAAAAAGGACCGCCAUUCGAAGGUGAAUGGGAGAGGGCGGCGAGUCAGGGUCCCGGCGCUGUGUGCUGCUCGCAUAUUCCAGCUCACCCGAGAGCUCGGCCACCGCACCGACGGACAGACAAUCGACUGGCUACUUCACAAUGUCGACCCAUCGCUGUUUCCCCCGUCUUUCGCCGGAGGUAGUCCUCAGACGGUGGUUCCGGAGAACCAUCAAGGGGUGUCGGAGCUGGACCUGUUUCCGAACAUGUCAUUCACGUCUCUGUUGAUGCAAGUGGAAGAAGAUGAUGUGAAGACUAAAUAUGAGAAAAAUGAAGAUGCUUGGAAGAUUUAG